AUGGAUGGCCAAGAAUUGCAUUUCCAAGGUUUAAGGAUAGUGUACUCUCAAGAAUUGAGUUCGAACUUGGUGCGGCUGCCAAAUAAGAUAUGCAGGUUGCUUGACCAGUCCGAUAUACCAGUGCAAGAAUUUGGGAUAAAGAUCAAUGCAGAUGUUGAUGUUGGUUGGGAUGGGCAAACGUCGAAAUCUUUCCGUGGGACAGACCAAACACUUGAAAUGAAUGCGAUAUUGGCGGGAGAGUACAAGCUUCAGAUGGGCCAACUUGUGGAUAUAUCUAUUAAAAGGUACGAUUCGAGUAGUUUUGUAACCGAGGUACAUGUUGAGCCUAAGGGGUUUCAGGAUUGGGAAACGAUUGAAUCGAAUGCUGCUUUUUUCCAGGACCAAAUUCUUUACCAGACGCGGUUAGUGAGGAAAGGCGCACAUUUACUAUGUUUUAUGCGAAACGUAGUGUGCAAAUUUAGUAUAAAGAGCAUGAUGCCUGAUCAUUUAGAAGUGGGCAGGCUCACGAAUGACACGUUGGUGAUAGUUGAACCGAAGUUGAGAGAAGAGGUUGAGACGAAUGAGGGUCUGGUUGUUGACAAUUCGCAAAAAGUUAUCAAGAGAACGUUGUUAGACAAAGGCGACUUGAGCGGAGUGUCGAUUGCGUUGAAGACGCGCGAGAACAAGUACGAGUACGCUACUGUUAGUGUCAUUCGGGCUCCUUUCGAGGAGGACAAGAGCAAAGGCAAGACCAAGAGCGGCGGCGGCGGCAGUAGUAGUACUAGCAGUAGCGUGCCAUCAUCGAUCGGUAUGGGCAUGGGGAUAUGUUGCAAAGUGUACGAAGAUGAUUCAUUACGCGACGAGAGUGUGAAGAUGAGCCGGAUGUUGAGGAAAGCAUUGCAAUUGCCUGCGAAUAACGGGUACAAAGUGAGGGUGUCGUACGUCAAGAAGCUACCCAAGACGCCAUUUGAUGUGGUUAUCUGUCCGCAUGGGAGCGGGAGCAGCGGAACAGAGGGAGAAGAGGAUUCCACCACUACUGUUGAGGAGUACUUUAACUGUAUCAAGAAACUAGAUAUUUUGAGCGACAACCUUCUGGUGCAAGACAAGGACCUGGACGUGAAGUUUACGGUGAAGCUUAGAGGUGGCAAAGGCAGCCCAGUUCCAUUUGGGAAAUGUCCAGCGGACGUUUCGAAAGUCACGGUGAGUGAGAGGACGAAUAUAGCGCUAGACGUGGGCCUCGACCCAACUUCCAGCCCUCGAAAGCUCAUUGGCUUCGAAAAGACGUACUUAGAGAUACUUGACACCGUGCGCGCGCCAUUGGCCAUGUCCAGCUCGUUUCUGGUGCAAGGAGGCGCUGGCAUGGGCAAGACGCUUGUUCUACAAAACCUCGCGUUCGACUUGAUUAACGACGGGUACCACGUCCAGUACGUGGACGGGGAUGCGGUCCCGGACUCUACGAACCUCGCCAAGACCAAACAGUACCUCAGCGAACUCGUACACUCGGCCUACUGGCACAUGCCGUCCGUGAUACUGUUUGACAACGCGGACUCGCUGUUCACUGCGGCGAAAUCGGUCGACGACCAGCCAUCCUCGGGCAACUCGCGCGGCCUGUACUCGCAAACGUCUACCAAGCUGACGCAGAUGUUCAUGAGCGACGUGCAGCGGGCUAUGGAUGUUGCAGCUGGCGGCAGCGGCAGCGGGGUCGAGGUCGAGAUCAAAGUUGUGUUCGGGGCCAAGUCCCAGGAGUCCUUGAACAAGAUGCUGUUCCAGAAGCAGUUUGUCGGCGACACAUGGACGUUGAAGCCGCCUACGCGGUAUCAAAGAAACGACAUAUUGCAGUGGCUAUUGAGCGAGAAGUCCAUUGAGCUAGCCGGGGACACGAGCGUCACCGAGCUGUCGCUCGAGACCGAGGGCUACUCGCCCGCGGACCUGGCGCUGUUGGUGGACCGGUUGUUCUACGAGGUGGUGUCACGUGACCACGCGCAGCAGCAGCAGCAGCAGCAGCCGCUAACGCGCGCGAUGGUGGAGUCGUGCGUGUCGCAGUUCACGCCGGCGUCGUUGCGGUCUGUGAAGUUGCAGAAGGGCACGGGCGUGAAGUGGAGCGACAUUGGCGGGCUGCGCGAGGCGAAGCGGCUGUUGCUCGAGACGCUGGAGUGGCCCAACAAGUACGCGCCGAUUUUCGCGCGUUCGCCGCUCCGGCUAAGGUCUGGUAUAUUGUUGUACGGGUACCCCGGUUGCGGGAAGACGAUGCUUGCGAGCGCAGUGGCGCAACAAUGCGGGUUGAACUUCAUAUCUGUGAAGGGUCCUGAGAUAUUGAACAAGUACAUUGGUGCGUCGGAGCAAAGCGUGCGGGAGCUAUUUGAGCGGGCGCAGGCGGCUAAGCCGUGCAUUUUGUUCUUCGAUGAGUUUGAUUCGAUAGCGCCGAAGCGUGGCCACGACUCUACUGGGGUGACGGACCGGGUGGUGAACCAGCUGCUUACGCAGAUGGACGGUGCGGAGGGGUUAGAGGGAGUGUAUGUGUUGGCGGCUACUAGCCGCCCGGAUUUAAUCGAUUCUGCGUUGUUACGGCCGGGCCGUUUGGACAAGAGCGUGUUGUGCGAUAUUCCGGACGAGGAAGAGCGGGCGGAGAUACUACGUGCGAUCACGCGAGGGAAGAUGGCGCUUGACGCGUCGUGCGACGUUGGCGCGGUGGCGCGGCUGGCACGCGGGUUCACGGGUGCGGAUCUGCAGGGCGUGGUGAACAACGCGUACUUGAAGGCUGUGCACCGGUCAUUAGGGGAGGACCGUCCUGGGGACCAUUCUGGGGUGCAUCCUGCACCCCAGGAUGCACCCCAGAAUGAUGCGUCUCAGGGCGACACCCGUCCGCCGUACAUCUGUUUGGGGAAGCGCAAGCCGCUCGAUGGCGAGACUUUGGAGAGAAUCGGCGGCAAGCUCAAGCAACUGGGCAUUAGCAUUGGCUCUGCCAGUGCCAGUGCCAGUGCCACUGGCACUGGCAGAACCUCUGGCAUUGUGGUUUCCGCGGAGGACCUGGAGGCGGCAUGUCUGGACGCAAAGCCCAGCAUUUCGCGCCAGGAGCUCGAGAAGCUAACCGCCGUGUACCGCAAGUUUAUAGGCGACAGAGAAGGGAAGAUGCCGUCCGGGGAAGCCUCGCAGAAAGUGGGCGGACGCACCACUUUAGCAUAA